AAGUAAACCGCCCUGUCGAAUUUGCCGAUCCAGGAAAUGGCGAAAGAACAGUCUUGGAUUCUAUGUCUGCGAAUUUGGACAUCAAAUGGAGGCAUGUCGUCCUCUUCCUUUACCAUUGAGAACUUGUAAAAGGGAUUUUCGGCCUUAAGCAAUAAAACACGGCUAAAAACCUAUUUAAUAUUCUUUUUUUAGGGGUUUCAAGAGGAAGAGGGUGAAUUCGAUGCCAAUGCUGGUAGUAUGCAUCAUAGAAAGCUAAAGGUCAAAAAACGGAAACGCAAGGUUAAAGAGCUGACAGGUAUCACAGAACAGCAAAAUCCUGAUCUUUAGUUCAAAUAAGUGCUAUUGCUGUGAGGAGGAAUUGUUCAUUGAUCAUGAAACCUGUUCGAUGGAAGCUCUUUUUAUAGUCUUUGUCGGAGCACAUGCGGACUAUUUGUUAGUUCAGUCAGCACAGCUUAUAUUUCGACAUCAAAUUCAUGACAUGAUUCAUCAUCUUGGGUUCCCACCCGAGUUGGAAUCUGUUGCACGUGAAUACUGGACACUUUACAUGUCACUUCUUACAGUAUUUCAGGACAAAUGGCAGUUAUCAGGGAUAAAGUCGUUAUCCACUGACACUACAGUUAAUGAGAACGAAAUGGAUAGUGAUAAUGAGCAUUCGGGAACACAGAGAGAGCAAACAGAUGUUGAAUCUGGACAGGAGUUGAAUCCUGACAGGUUUAAAGACAAGACAGCCGCUCCAGAGUCUAGACCUGAUCAGCUGGAUACAAUGAAUGAAUAUCAUGAUAAUCAUGAUUCAUCAGAAGAAAGCGAGAUUGAGGAUGAUUCUGAGAAUGAUGAUGCAGUACCGCCAUCACCAGGAGUUCAGGAUGAGGAUCUACCUGAGGAAGAAAAUGGAAAUGACGGGUCCAAAACCAAAUAUCGUUACUAUCGUAGGAGUAAUGGACUUAAGUUCUCGAUGUCAUAUUUGAUUGCCAUUUGCUAUAUAUCAGCGCAUCAUUUGCGCAUACCCGUCGUCUUUGAAGACUUUUAUCGAUGGACUAGGGAUAGGAAAAUUGUUUACUAUAAUGCAGUUGACACGCUACCAAAAGAAAUGGGGUGUCGAUUAGUGGGUGAACAGCGCAUACUCUUGAUACCAAAGCACAGGAAACGAGAUGUCUUUGAGUCAGCCACGACACGUUUACUAGAGUGGUUCAGGAAGAAAUUCGGAAUAACUCCACCACGUGCAAACAUGCCUCCUUUUGUCUUCCGGUUUAUUCAGGAACUUAUGCUGCCUGUGGAAAUAUAUUCGCCUGCCAUCUAUCAAUCAAAGAGAUUGUUUGCGACUAUUACUAGACUUCGUAAAGCUACCUAUUUACCAAUAGGUCACUGGAAAAUGGGCUAUAAUCCUCCAGUAAUAGAUCCUAUCUACGCCAUGGCUAUAGUGAUCAUUAUGGCUAAAUUUCUGUUUUCUCUGGAUGGAAAGAGCCGAGCAGUUGGUGAUCCACUUAGCUGGCCCGGCUCACUUCCCAGGGAGGAUCAGUGGCUCCGUAUGAUGGAUAUCUAUGAUAGCGCACAAGCUCAAACGACAGUGCCAGUCUGGUCUGGAGAAUUUGAAGAGCUUAUUCAAGUCAACCCAGACCUUUACGCCGAAUACGUGAAAAAUGAAAUGCGACCACCUUCUAAACCAAAACCUAUUAUAUCCAGUGUACUUGAAUUUUUUCAAGAGACGACUGGUUAUCCACAGGAAUCAGAAAAAUACUCGGGACAAGAUCAAAUAUCACCAGCAUUAGAGGCCUUUAUCAAAAAGCUUUAUUCUAGUGCGAUACUUCCAGAUGAAGAGACGUCAAUUGAUCCGCAUCGACCUCCUCCUUUGAGGUUAGGCGAGGGUUUUGUUCACUAUAAGGCAGACCACCUGAGCAACUACCUUGGGAAUUAUGGCAGGGUUUUGAGUUAUGGCUGCGAAGUCCUUGGGAUAGACCCAAACGUCCUACAACAAGAAAUAUCAGCAGUAGAGGACCUUCUCUUCAAAAAUCAACCCAAGCAAAUCCGGGUGACUGCGAUUUGAAAUAAAAAAAUAUCUAAAUCGAAA